AAAAGCUUGAGCUGCGCGGAUUGGGCAGGCACACACAUUACAUAUAGUAGCAAAUAAAAAACAAAAUACUUCAGUUAACUUAUUAUUUAUCAACAUAUUCAAAGUGAAUCUGUUUUCUAUUUGAAAUACAUGUAUAUUUUCACAGCAGACAAUAUCGGUAUAACAAGAACUUCUGUGUGGCUGCUGUUGUUGUUGGUGUAGUGUUUAUAUGUAUAUUAUUAUACUAACCAGUUUAACUUUACAAACGGAAAUGAAUUGCUUUAAUUGAUUAAUUAAUGAUAUAAGAAUUACUUCUUGUUGUGGCAAAGUCGAUGAAUAUUUAAAAAAAAGUGUUUUUUAUACCCCGUGACCCACAUUCUAAACGAUACGGUGAGAGAAGAUUCUUUCAUGUAACGGCCCGCGUUUGGGUGUGUAUGCGUUGAUGUGUAGCUAAACUUGCAUUUGACAAAAGGUAAUAUAAUAAGUGGAUGCAGUAGUCCAAGUGUUGCAUGAGUGUGCAGUAGUCCAAGUGUUUGGUAUUUACGUUAGAAUACUGUAUGAUAUCGUUGAGCGCACUAUUGACAUCAUUGGGAGUUAUGAGUGGUCAACAAAAUCAAAACGCAAAUCAACAACAGCAGCCAGGUGGUAACAACAAUAACAAUCAACAACAACAAAACCAAAACAAUCCCCAUCAUAAUGCGGCCGGUGGUGGGGGCCAGAUAGCAGCCAACAAUCAUCAAAAUCCAGCAGCAGAGGGCAGCAUGGAAAGGGGAAGCUGCUUAUUACGUUAUGCCAGCCAAAAUUCAUUGGACGAGAGCUCACAGAAGCACAUACAAAGGCCCAACAGUAAAGAUCGUUGUGUGGGCCAAUAUCACAAUGAACUGCAUACCACGCGUUCCUUCGAAGCCAUGAACGAGAUGCGCAAGCAAAAUCUCCUUUGUGAUGUUACCCUCAUUGCUGAUGAUAUUGAAAUACCAGCCCAUAAAAUGGUUUUGGCAUCGUGUAGUCCAUAUUUCUAUGCAAUGUUUACGGGUUUCGAGGAAUCUCGACAGGGGCGUAUAACAUUACAGGGCGUUGACCAUCGAGCUUUAGAAUUACUCAUUGAAUACGUCUACACCUCAACGGUGGAGGUCAAUGAAGAUAAUGUUCAAGUCCUGCUAACAGCUGCUAAUCUCUUGCAAUUGACCGACGUGCGCGAUGCUUGCUGUGAUUAUUUGCAAACCCAAUUGGAUGCUAGCAAUUGUUUGGGCAUACGUGAUUUUGCCGAUAUGCAUGGCUGUGUGGAUUUGGUCAAUUAUGCCGAACAAUACAUCGAACAACACUUUAACGAAGUCAUACAAUUCGAUGAAUUUUUAAAUUUGACUUCAGAACAAGUCAUUUCUCUCAUACGCAACGAUCGUAUCUCUGUGGCCAGUGAAGAAAAAGUCUACGAAUGUGUCAUCAAUUGGAUACGUUACGAUCCCACAUUGCGCGAUCAAUACACCGCUGACCUAAUGGAACAUGUACGCCUGCCUUUGUUGUCCAAGGAGUAUAUAACUCAAAAUGUUGAUAAAGAACCCCUUUUGGAGGGAAAUAUCGUUUGUAAAAAUCUCAUUAUUGAAGCUCUUACAUAUCACUUAUUGCCAAAUGAAAUCAAAACGCAACGCACUAUGCCUAGAAAACCGGUUGGAUUUCCCAAAAUUCUUUUGGUUAUAGGGGGUCAGGCGCCCAAAGCUAUUCGUUCAGUAGAAUGCUAUGAUUUGAGAGAAGAAAAAUGGUAUCAGGCUGCAGAAAUGCCAAAUCGCAGAUGUCGUGCUGGUUUAGCUGUCCUGGGCGAAAAAGUUCAUGCUGUCGGAGGUUUUAAUGGCUCUUUGCGUGUUCGCACGGUUGAUGUCUACGAUCCGGCCACCGAUCAGUGGUCCACCAGCAGUAGCAUGGAGGCCAGGCGCUCUACGUUGGGUGUGGCCGUACUUAAUGGCUGCAUUUAUGCUGUAGGCGGAUUUGAUGGCACCACUGGUUUGUGUAGUGCUGAAGUGUACGAUCCAAAAACAGAAGCUUGGCGUUUCAUAGCUUCCAUGUCAACUCGACGCAGUUCAGUGGGUGUAGGUGUUGUCAAUGGUCUUCUAUAUGCCGUUGGAGGUUAUGAUGGUUUCACGCGCCAAUGUCUAUCCUCGGUUGAGCGUUAUAAUCCUGAGACCGAUACUUGGUAUCAGGUUGCCGAUAUGUCAGCCCGUCGUAGUGGUGCCGGUGUGGGAGUUUUAAAAAAUAUUUUAUAUGCUGUAGGUGGACACGAUGGGCCCAUGGUACGCAAAUCGGUUGAGGCUUACGAUCCUGAAACAAAUCUAUGGCACUCGGUUGCAGAUAUGUCAUUCUGUAGGCGCAAUGCCGGCGUUGUGGCUCAUGAUGGUCUCUUGUAUGUUGUGGGUGGUGAUGAUGGUGAUUCGAAUUUGUCCUCAGUGGAGGUAUAUAGUCCGGAAACAGACACCUGGAGGAUUUUGCCCGCGGCCAUGACCAUUGGUCGCAGUUAUGCUGGUGUAUGCAUGAUAGAUAAACCCAUGUGAAUAGAAGAGCAGGGUGCAUUGGUGCGACAAGCGACUGUUAUUGCAAUUAAUGGUCUCGUAGACGAUGAGAAUAGUCAAGCUGAAGGUACGAUCGAGGGUGCAGCUGGUCUUGUGCGUCAGGAUCAGCCGCAACAAUCAAAUAUUGUUAAUCACCAACAACAACAACAGCAACUUAUACAUCCUCAUUAUGAAAAUAUCUACGAAUCCAUAGAACAUUACAAUGCAGCCGUUCGUGCAAUUGGUGCCGACAUUGUUGGUGCACCAAUUAAUGUGAACAAUAUCGCCAAUGCCCCUGCCGAAGAAAUGCCCCAGCAACCACAAGUUGUUGCUCCCCAGCAGCCAACACAUCCGACACAACAAGCAGCGCCAUCGAAUUCCAAUGAUGCCAAUACUAAUACUCAAAGUAAAUCCCGACAAACAACGAAUAACUUCAACUAUCGCAAUGAUUUAUACGAUCGUGCAAAUGCCGUCAAUAUGAAUGGAGGUGUCAUGGGAGCCAAUGGCGGUGGUGCAAACUAUGAUAUACCCCGAUCGGUACGAUCAGGUCUAGGUUUUAGGCGAAACUUUCAAUUAGAUCUACAUGCAGCUAAUCCCCGUUUCAAUGCUUUUCGCUGCAAUGGUGUGACUUGUAAUCAUUACAAUACCACAACUUCUUCAUCUUCGUGCCAUCGACAACGUAGUUUUGAUGAUACAGAAUCUCAAAACUACUACAACAUAAACUAUCAGCCAGCCGUUCGUUAUGAAAAUAUCUACGAGCAGAUACACGAUGAGCCCAUUUAUCGCAAUACCAAUGGUGGAUCGUCUCGUGUUUAUGGCCGUUUAAAUGUCAUCGGACAUGGUAUAGGACGCAUAGAACGUCACUUAAGUUCCUCGUGUGGCAAUAUAGAUCACUACAAUUUGGGUGGUCACUAUGCAGUUUUAGGCCAUUCACAUUUUGGUACUGUAGGUCACAUACGGCUUAAUACCGGUUCAACCACAACCACAAAUAGUUCAAGUAUUGCCUCAACCGCCAGUUGCAAUGGCAAUAACUGUGGGACUACACCCUCCUCAUCAGCUGCAGCAGCCUCGUCCUCACAACGGGAUGCCAAUAAUGUUAAAAAUAGUGCAUCCUCUUUCUUUAGCUGUUUACACGGUGAAAACACUCAGAACGUCAUGGGUAGAACGUUUGGAAAUGCCACAGGAAACUCUAACUCGGGAUUAAGCAUUAGUGGCACUCCCAAUAGCUCAAAAGAUCGUGAGAGCCGAGCUGCAUCUGCUGGCCCUCUCAUCAAUCCAAAUGCUCUUAACAACAAUACUGACACUAACACUGCAUCAUCUUCAUCAUCCUUACGAGCUACAGGAGCCAUUCCUAAAAUAAAAAGUCUAAACAGUUCGUCGGGCUCAAGCAAAAACUCCAAUAAUACCGAAAAGAAUUCAUCGGCUUCGGCAACUGAAAAAACCGUGUCUUCCCUUAAAAAUGCUCUAACAAAGAAAUCAUCCUCAAGCUACGCACAAAAGUCAUCUGCUCAACAAACAACAUCAUCAUCUUCAAAUGCCAAUAACUCGGUGAUGAGUGAACAGAAUAAUUCGGUAAAUCGUAUUUCAAAAUCAAGUCUGCAAUGGCUUUUGGUCAACAAAUGGUUACCCUUGUGGAUGGGUCAAGGGGCCGAUUGUAAAGUUAUUGAUUUUAAUUUUAUGUUUUCACGCGACUGUGUGGAUUGUGAUGCUGCAUCAGCUGCGGCACAAAUGGCAAAUCCCUAUGGAACACCACGUUUAUCGGGUCUACCACAAGAUAUUGUAAGAUUUAAUGCCAGAGCAGAAAUGCAUGCUGCUGCUGGUGUGGGAGGCACAUAUCGAAGGCACAAUGAACAAUUUGCUGCAAGACCUUUACACAAUACUUUGAAUCGUUUGCGUGAAACAGAUGGUUAUGGUGGGGCAGCAGGAGCAACAGCGGCGAGACGCUAUGAGGACCCUUCCUAUGAGAAUGUGCAUGUGCAAUGGCAAAACGGCUUUGAAUUUGGUAGAUCUAGGGACUAUGAUCAUUCGCUGAGUGGGGGAACAGUGCCGACCGCGAGUGGCAGAGCUCCUUUGCAAAGAGCUAGAUCAGAAAGUCCUACUCUAAGCAGUCACAGAAAUACAACACAAUCUAGGCGCUUAAGAAGUAGUGGCCCAGCGGGCCACAAAUCAGGCAGCUCAACAGCUAAUAGAACUAAAUUCAAAGAUCCAUUUCGCAACUACGAACUCAAUACGGAGAGCAACAGUUUCAGGCCAAAAUUUAGUAAAGCAGAAACUCUUGAUGUAGCGGACAAUGUUGCCUCAACGUCUUCGGCACAAAAUUUGAAAUCGCCAGCACCAGUUGGAGCUGUUGGUGGUGGGGCGAUACAGCCAGAACCCAAUAAUCCAACUUUACUGGUAACAGCCGCCAUCGACGACUCAGAAGGAGCCGUAGGAGGUAUCGAUCUAAGGCUGACAAAUGAUGCUAAUACAGUAUCAUCAUCAUCCUCAUCAUCUGCAGUACUUCCAAGCAUCGAAGUUGCCACUUUGGAAGCUGCUGCCAUGGCAAUUGCCACAAGUGAUAACGACAACAGUGUGCCAGUAAUGGCCAACAAUAAGUUAAACUCGCCAAGUAACACAACAAGUAAUGAACAAAAAGAAAUGUAAUUUUUAGAAAUAUUAUUGAUUGAUUGAAUUCUUAGACAUAUUUUUAAUUGCCAACUUUUUGCAAUGUGGCUUCUUUCACCUCUCCAAACUGCUUAUUUUUUUUUUGGAUAUUUUUUUAGAGGAAUUAUUUUGGUCAUAAUAAUUAUUUUUUUUUACUUUAUUAGAUCCUCUUUUAAUAAUGAUGCAUUUAGUAGAAACUUGUCUUCCAUAGUCCGAAGAAUAUGUCAGACGACUUCAGAAGUAUUGACACAUACAUGAUGAGUUUUUCCAGUUUAAUAAACAUAUAAGUCGCACAUAUAUAAUGAAGUCGAAGAUAAUCCCCCUUAUUCCGGUUGGCGAUGGCGUAGUCGUAUGUCAAAAUUUUUAAAAAGUGGUUGUCAAAGACAAAAACUUGUUUACAUUUUUGGUAUCACAUAAGUCAAAUGGUUAAUUGCAUUUUAAACUACAUCGCGCCUGUUUGUCGAAAGAGUAGGGAACCUACUUCUAUAUUAUUUUUUUUAUUUACCACAAUAUUUUUAUACCCUACACCACCACUGUGGUACAGGGUAUUAUAAAUUUGUGCAUUUGUUUGCAACGCUUAGAAGGAGAAGAGCUAGACCCAUUGAUAAGUAUACCGAUCGGCUUAGAAUCACUUCCUGAUUCGAUUAAGCUAUGUCCGUCUGUCUGUCCAUGUAUUUUUGUGAUAAAGUUACAGGUCGCAUUUAUUGUCCGAUUGUCAUGAAAUUUAGCACAAGUCUCUUUUUUGGCCCAAUGACGAAUGCUAUUGAUUUUGAACGAAAUCGGUUCAGAUUUAGAUAUAGCUCCCAUAUAUAUAUAUUUUAUCCGAUAUGGCCUUUAAAGCCUAUAGAAGUCACAAUUUUGGUCUGAUCUUUACGAAAUAUGGUCUCAAAUAUUCAACGGUCUCAUAUGUAUGCAAAAUUUCAUAAAAAUCGAUUCAGAUUAUGGCUGUGGAAGCCAUAAUGGCAUGGGGUAUUUUAUGCAACGUCCUCAUAUGUGUGCAAAAUUUCAUAAAAAUCGGUUCAGAUUUAGAUAUAGCUUUCAAAUAUAUCUUUCAUUCGAUAUGGCCUUUUAAGGCUGUAAAAGCCUUUAUUUUGGUCCGAUCUUUACAAAAUUUGACAUGGGGUGUUUUAUUCAGUGUCCUCAUAUGUGUGCAAAAUUUCUUAAAAAUCGGUUCAGAUUUAGAUGUAGCUCCCAUAUAUUUUUCAUCCGAUAUGGCCUUUUAAGGCUGAAGAAGCCACAAUUAUGGUCCAAUCUUUACAAAAUAUUGUAUGGGGUAUUUUAUGCAACGUCCUCAUAUGUGUGCAAAAUUUCACCAAAAUCUGUUCAGAUUUAGAUAUAGCUUCCAAAUAUAUCUUUCAUUCUAUAUGGCCUUUUGAGGCAGUAGAUGCCAUAAUUUUGUCCGAUCUUUCCAAAAUUUGGCAUGGGGUGUUUUAUGCAACGUCCUCAUAUGUGUGCAAAAUUUCAUAAAAAUCGGUUCAGAUUUAGAUAUAGCUCCAUAUAUAUCUUUCAUCCCAUAUAGCCUUUUAAAUAUAUCUUUCAUUCUAUAUGGCCUUUUGAGGCAGUAGAUGCCAUAAUUUUUGUCCGAUCUUUAGAAAAUUUGGCAUGGGGUGUUUUAUGCAAUGUCCUCAUAUGUGUGCAAAAUUUCAUAAAAAUCAGUUCAGAUUUAGAUAUAGCUCCAUAUAUAUCUUUCAUCCCAUAUGGCCUUUUAAGGCUGAAGAAGCCACAAUUUUUGUCCGAUCUUUACAAAAAUUGGCAUGGGGUGUUUUAUUCCAUGUCCUCAUAUGUGUGCAAAUUACUUAAAAAUCGGUUCAGAUUUAGAUAUAGCUCCCAUAUAUAACUUCCAUCCGAUAUGGAAUUUUAUGGCUAUAGCAGCCACGAAAUGUUUUCUUUAAAGUUCCAAUACGACUACAAAAUUUCAUAAAAAUCGGUUCAAAUUUAGAUAUAGCACCCAUAUAUAUCUUUUAUUCGAUAUGGAGUUUUAAGGUUGUAGCAGCCACAAUUUUGGUCUGAUCUUUACAAAAUUUGGCACUGGGUGUUUUAUUCAACGUCCUCAUAUGUAUGCGAAAUUUUACCAAAAUCGGUCCAGAUUUAGAUAUAGCUCUCAUAUAUAACUUUCAUCCGAUAUGGAAUUUUAUGGCUAUAGCAGCCACAAUUUUGAUCGGAUCUUUACAAAAUUUUACACGAAAUGUUUUCUUUAAAGUUCCAAUACGACUACAAAAUUUCAUAAAAAUCGGUUCAAAUUUAAUUAUUCCUCCCAUAUAUAUCUUUCAUCCGAUUGGACUUUAAAGGCUGUAGUAGGCACAAUUUUGUUCCGAUCUUUACAAAAUUUGGCACGGGGUGCUUUAUCCAACGUCCUCAUAUGUGUUCAAAAUUUCUUCAAAAUCGGGCCAGAUUUAGUUAUAGCACCCCUAUAUAUAUUUUAUCCGAUAUAGAGUUUUAAGCCUGUAGCAGCCACAAUCGUGGUCGGAUGUUUACAAAAAUUUAGCACGGGGUGCUUUAUUUGACUUCUUCAUACCUGUGCAAAAUUUCAUAAAAAUCGGUUCAGAUUUAGAUAUACCUCGCAUAUAUAUCUUUCAUCCGAUUUGGACUUUAAAGGCUUUAGUAGGCACAAUAUUGGCCCGAUUUCUACAAAAUUUAGCGUGAGUUGUUUUAUUUAAAGUCCCAAUGCGAGUGCAAAAUUUAAUCUAAAUCGGUCUAGAUUAAGACAGCUCCCAUAUACAUCUUUUGUCCGAUAUGGUCUUUUAAGGCUGUAGAAGUCACUAUUUUAGUCCGAUCUUAACAAGAUGUAGUAUGAGGUGUUUUAUUUGACGUCUUAAUACGUGUGCAAAAUUUCAUAAAAUUCGGUUUAGAUAUAGGUCCCCGAUAUAUCUUUCAUCCGAAAUAGACUUUAACCCGUAGAAUCCACAAUUAUCGACCGAUUUUGCAUGAGACAAUUUAUUUGACGUUCCAAUACUUGCGCAAAAUUUCAUUAAAAUCGGUCCUGAUUUACAUAUGGCUCUAUUGUAUAUAUUUUAUCCGAUAUGGACUUUUAAGGCAAUAAAAGCAACAAUUUCGGUCACAUCUCUACAAUAUAGGGCGUGUGAUGUUCUAUUUGACAUCCCAGUAUGGGUAAUCAAAAUUGGCACAUGUUUCGAUUUAACUCCCAUACAAUCUUUUGUCGGAUAUGGCCUUUUAAGGAUGUGGAAAUCCAAAUUUGUUACCCUAUCGUAGGAAAAUCUUGCAAGGUUCUAUUAGAUAUUUAAAUAGGUAUCCAAAUUAAAGUCUGAAUGGAUUUCGAGAUAAUUCUACAUAUAAAAAGUACUACGUAUACCAGGUGGUGAAGGGUAUAAUAUAAUCGGCUCCGCCCGACUUUUGCCUUUUCUUACUGGUUCUGUUUUCAAACUUUCGAAGGUGAAUAAGUUACAGAAUACCACUAAAUGUGAAAUUCGCCUUCGACUACGACUGCUGUCGAUUUUCGCCUUCAACAACGGGAAUAAGGGUGAAUGUCAUACCCCAUUGGUCUUUUUCAAACACCUUUUACUUUUUAUUUUAGCAAACAAACAAAUUUACAACGGAAAAAAAUUUUGCUCUUGUAAUAAAAAAAUUUUUUCAAAUGUUGCCUUUUUGUCGAAAACUUACUUUGCAACAAAAAAAAAUUGUAAUUGUAGCUGUUAUUAGCCUCAUUUCUAGGAUAAAGAAGCCUACCAGCAGGCUUAAGUUCUAUCUCUACUCUUACUAAAAGAUUUUGACCACCAUUCGCCUAGUGUGAUAUGGAUCUUUAAGGUGGAAAUCCGGAGAUUAAAGCACGAUCCGCCUACAGUAUGAGAACACACAUUGAACAGCGCGUUGUGGUUGAACAUCUAAGGUCUGAAAUUUCUAACAAAAUAAUUUAAGCCGCUCCAAUUUGUAGAAAACAGAAACGCCCAACCAAUCGAUUCUGGGGGAAUUAUUACCUCAGGGUUAAAUCUGCUCGGAAAGUAUUUUGUUAAUCCUCAUAAGCAUCAGUUUCGAUAAAAUUUUACUAUAACUUUGAACUGAUAUGUUGUGUUAUGCUGUCAAUUAUACUCGCGAAAUAUGCGCUUCUAUCCAUCUACACCAACAGUGGUGGGCAAAUAUACGCAUACUUUUGUACACUUUUGUGUACGUGCACAAGAACAUAAGCCCAUGGGCUUGCAAAAAGCGUGCACAUGUGUUAGUGUGUCCAUCAAUGAUUUACACUAUAUGUAGCACAAUUUUUUCUUACAAAUAGAAAAUUAUAUGAAAAAUGUAGCACCUGUAUCGAAUUUUUUGCAUCUGUAUCUUAGGCCCUUUAAAACUAUCCAGGAUUCACUAAUAGAAGGUUAGGUCAUGAACAUCAUUAAGGAUGUCAAAUCUGCCGAUUGAAAAUUUCAUGAACAUUAUUAAGGAUGUCACAUUUGCCGAUUGAAAAUUUCAUCAAAUAGGAGAAACCUAAACAAAGAUUGUAUGUAAAAAAGAAUAAAUUGACAUCCUCAAUGCCAAGUACUGCCAAAAAUUAAAAAAAAAAAAAUUGUGUCGGCUGCUCGCUUGGCUUAACCUUAAGGCCUG